ACACGUGUAGAGGAGAUGGUCAUCCUGUCUGUCUGUCUCAGGGGCUGGGUUUCUCUUUUAUCCAACAAGAGGAGAAAAAAAAAUAGUUUGAUGGUUUCAAGCAUGACGAGACAGUGAGAGAAGACAAAUGAUGAUUUAAAACCGUUCAGAACUAACCAUGGCCAUACGGGAGCUUAAAGUUUGUCUUUUAGGGGACACUGGAGUUGGGAAAUCUAGCAUUGUUUGCCGAUUCGUCCAGGAUCAUUUUGACCACAACAUAAGUCCAACAAUAGGAGCAUCAUUCCUCACUAAAACAGUGCCAUGUGGACAUGAACUACACAAAUUUCUGAUCUGGGAUACAGCCGGACAGGAAAGGUUUCACUCUUUAGCUCCUAUGUACUACAGAGGAUCGGCAGCUGCUGUCAUAGUCUAUGACAUUACAAAACUGGACUCUUUCCAGACACUGAAGAAGUGGGUGAAGGAGCUGAAGGAGCACGGCCCAGAGGACAUCGUUGUAGCCAUAGCAGGGAACAAGAAUGAUUUAGGAGACAUCAGGGAAGUUCCAAUGAAGGAAGCAAAAGAAUUUGCUGAAUCAAUUGCAGCUAUUUUCAUUGAGACUAGUGCCAGAAAUGCUGUCAACGUAGAGGAGCUCUUUCAGAAAAUCAGUAAACAGAUCCCCCCCCUGGAAAACGCUGAGGUGGAAAGCAACGAGUCCUUCAAAAUCACCCGGCAGCCCGCUCCGUCCAGCAGGAGAUGCUGCUAGUACCAACAGUGUGUGAUGUCAUUACCUCCUCCAGCACAGCACAACGUCCAUAAUGCACCCAGUGUGUCACUCUGACCGGACCGUAGAGGGACAGAGGUCAGCUUGCACACGCGGUCAACUGCAUUAUGAAAGAGAAAAAAAAAAAGAAGUACCACCAGUAUUAUAUGUAUCAGAACACAUUCAUGCUGUUUUAGUGCAGCAGCAGCUUCAAACACAAGCCUGCAGUUUGUCUCCAUCUGGUGGUGUUUUUGCUGAAUUACAGCAAUGGGAUUUCUGCCUGUGAGAUAUAACUCAUAGUUCAGUAUUAAAUUAAGGUUUCAUACCAUUUAACAUAGUAGCUUUUAAAGUCAAUGAAUAACAAGUGAUCUAGCUCAUGUGCUUUUUAAGCCAGUUUUUAAUGCAACAACAUUUUCACUGCACUGAAAAGAGCAAACAGGCACACUCUAGCCCCGUUCCACCAAGCAGUCCGGUUUGGUUCAGUACAGUUUGGUACAGUUCGGUACGGUAAACCCUUAUCUUGCUUGUGUUUCAUCAGCUAACCGUAGCAUUAUUUGUUGAACGAAGUGUGAGCCAGAUGGAGAUAGCCAAAUCAGCUAGUGUGGCAUCAUAGCAGCCCAACACAGUUUUUAAUUAAGUGGACCCUUUAGGGUUGAAUUGAUACCCUUGGCACCCCAACAGGAGGGUACCAAAAAAAGUAGGACGGUACAGAUCCAUUAUUUUGGUACCAUUCCCAACUUUUGACGGUGGAAACGCCAAUGAAUGGUUACCGUACCGAACUGAACCGGACCGCUUGGUGGAGACGGGGCUUUAUGACAGUUUUUCCUCAUGUUCAUUCUUAUCAAGGCGACACUUCUCUCCUCAUGGAGCUUUUAUGUACACGUUUGUAUCUCUCUUUUACAGAUUUGAAUGGGAGUAUUUGGUAAGAGGUUUUUGAGCUUAAACUGUAAACAAGAAUUCAGUUUGACGUUUGAAAUGCAGCACCUUUCCAUUCCACUGCGUCAUGUGUUGUCACACACAUUUGCUGUACAAUGGUUGAACUGUACUGCUGAAGAAUGAACAGCUGGGACACCUUCAAACACGAUUAUAGUAUGACACCCUGAUCUGAAACACUGUGACCAAUACUUGAGAUGUUUACAUGGGGUUAUGUUGAAGAUGUUUUUCUACAUGCUGAAAAGAAUUGUCUCAGAUUUCACAGGGAUUGAGUGUAUACCCAAAUGUAGGUUUUUUUUUUUUAAUGUUUAAGACAUUUGUAGCGUUGAGAGAAGAAAAUACCUUCUAGGGGUUUCACUAUAAACAUGACUAAGAACCCGAUCAGAGAGCAUGCCAUUUCUAAGGGGCGUCUUUUUCCCGUUUCAAACGAUUUGCACACGGAACACACAGGCCUCGUGUUUCUAAUAUCUCAGAAUGAACAACACAUAAACAACGUUUUGUUUUCUUUACUCCAUCAGUUCUCUUUUUAAAUGGAAGGCUUCAGGAAACAAGGAAAAGUGACAUGCCUCACAUUGUGUAAACUGUAAAUGGCACUCUGUUGAAGCGUGUGAAGAAUUGUGUUAAGUGUACCAACCUAACUUUUAAAGAACAUAGACGAAUAAAUCCCUAAAAUGAUCAAUUUCAGCUUGCAAGAAGAGGGAAAUGGUAACACUGAAAAAGCCCUCAGCCAAGUUAUACAGACUAAUAUAAUGUAUAUUUAAAGCAGCCUUUUCUUUUGAAGUAUGGCCCUUGGAUUUGACCCUUUAAAUCAGGCAAAAAAAAUCUGCACUUUUUCACAACUUUAAAACUGUAGUGAGUCAUUUGUGUUUGAAACAAUUACAGAACUACUUACAGCCUUUUUGAUUAACAUUGAAAUGAAAGCUGGCUCACACACAGGGGUUUACUAUGUCACAGUAUUUCUGGUUCUACAUCUCAUCAGAUUAAAAAAACAUCUUUACUGAAGUUAGGUCGAUUCAUUAAAAAAGAGGGAUUUAAGUGAUUUUAAGAUAUUUCUUACAAAAAUGUAUAAUGGAGUUCAAUUCAUUAUUUUCAAUGCAAUUCUAGUCUAAAUGUAACAAUAUGUGCCGAGUCAAACAAAAAUCCUCCCAUACAUUAUCUAAUUCAUGUGGCCUUGUUUACUGGUAAACAAACAAACAAACAAUACACCUACCAGGACGUGAUGUAACCUAAGCGUUCCUGAGUCCUGAGCUUCAGUGGGUAAAUGUGGAGUCACAUGUAAUCACUAAGGAUAUUUUACAUAAAGCAAAUGACAGACAUAUGGCUAACCAUCCUCCACUACAACGUAUCUCCGUGACUGGCUGAAAUUGAAAGCUGAAACUGAAUUAGGAGCCGCUCGGUGGGUGCAGAAGGUCAGAUAAUGGCCGAGAUUGAUGGACAUUUCAUACGAGAGAUAAUCACAUACUGAGCAAAGAAAUGUUAUUAGUGGUCAUGUGUUGAGAGUUAAUAUUGUGUGUUUCCCAACCCAAGUGCCUUUUUCAUAUUUUUCUAAGCAUUGUAUAACAUGACUUUAAAGCGCAUACUGCUGGUAUAAAGACUUGACUAAUUCAGCACAGACUAGUUGAAUGCAUUAACAGUCAGCUCUGAGAUGAUCUGUAGCCACCCAUGCUGUGUACUGUAUGCAUAAGUCAUGCUUCCCUGUAACCUCCCUAUAGGUCAGAUUAACUUUUGUAUAUUCAUCAGUGUAAUAAAGUAGUGAUUAUUCUA